CGAGGGAAGCUAAAUCUCUCGGAUUUGAUCUGGUGAAGUCAGUCGGCCUCUGGGCCUGUCCACUGACAGUCCAGCUUGGCUCCAAGGUCCCGUCCGUUCACAACAACCGCAGCCCCUUAUACUACCCCUCCAGCUGCUUCGGCCUCCCCUCGCUGCCCUCUUCAGUCCGCAGGAUGCUGGCCGUCCCUGCUGCCGCCUUCCGCUGAUCUGCCCAGCAUCCAUCGUAAUGUCCUUCCUUAGCCAUGUUCUCUCCCUUCUACUAGCCGUAUACCUGCUUGCGUCGGGCCCGGUGCUCGUGGUCGCGACGGACGUGCAGGACCAGACCCUUGGCAUAGACAGCUCGGACAUCCUCUUCACCUCGGGAUGGACUACCGUGUCGAACACGGCUGGAACCUUUGAACAGACGGACGGUGAAGCGGAGGAGAUUGAGAUAUUUCUGCCAGUUGGGACAGUGGCCCUGUCCUAUGUCGGCUUUAAGCAGACGGGCGGUGCCUUAUAUGUUGUCUGUCUCGACUGUGGAUCAUCCGGACAGCAGCUGGUGCAGGUGAACGCGUCCGACCCUAAGGCCAGCUCUUCUACCCCGGUGUCGUUGUUCUCGUUCUCCGGCCUGGAUCCCACGACCUCGCACAAUCUGCAGGUCGUGAACUCCGCCGACCCCGCCUUCGGUGAUACUAGUACACUCACAUUUAAGGAGCUGGUUGCCACAGUGAACACUAUAGCCUCGACAUCUUCGAGUGCAGCUACCACCAGUGCUACCACAAGCUCAUCGAGCACAUCCCGCACUACAUCCUCAUCAUCUUCCUCUGAUGUAUCAACUAGCACCACCCUCUCGCAAUCGACAUCUUCCAUUGUCUCGACCUCCACUACCAGCACAAGCUCCUCCGCCUCGUCUUCAUCCUCGUCCACUAGCACCGCCUCCGCAGGCUCGCUCUCCCGCUCGGGUCUCUCCACCGGCACCAUCGUCGCCGCCGCCGUCUCCUCCGCCGCCGCGGUCCUCCUCCUGCUCGUGCUCGCGAUCUUCCUCCUCUACCGCGCGCGCAACCGGCAGUUCCGCACCGACUCCGACUCCGAGUCCAUCGCGUCCGCGUCCGGGCUCACCCGCCAGAUCAGCGCGCCCUCCAUCGUCGUCGUCCCGUUCGAGGCCGCGCCCUCCGCCGCCGUGUCCGCGUACGCCCCGCCGGGGAGCGCGACGGCCGCGGCGUUCAGGCCGGGUGCGUCGGGGAGCGUCAGGCGACGGUCGUACAAGACUGGCCCGGCCGCAGCGGGGAUGGCCGCGGGGUCGGCACUGAGGGACGACGACGCGAGCUCAACCUCGUCGGUGCCGGCGCGGCCUCGCAACCCGUACGAAGGCGUCGUAAGGCCAGACGUACCUAUCGACUAUCCUGGACACUCGCCGAAGGGCCCAGGGACUCCAGGGACUGGUCGCCAGCGCGGAAUGUUCAGGUAACAACGGCUGGCGGCGAUCUCGUUUCCUUUCUACAAUUUGCUUUUUUGCUUGCUUGGGAUCGCCAAGGUGCUCGCCGGG